CUGGGAUCUGUGACUGCAGCAUGCUGCAGCAAGCCAAAAGGCAAAGGAAGGGCUCCUUGUCCUUGAUUUGUCCACUUCCACAGCACCGCGCUCAAGUCAUCGCUCUAUCCUGUGUGGCCCUCGAAGUUCAACAGACUACAUAGCUCUGACCGACACGCAAAGAACGGCUCACAACAUCUGGGCUCUAGCCGAGUCGGGUGACACACAGGCACACAUUCGAGCGACUGUCGAACACCAGCAAUACACCAUGGCUUUCGGGGAUCGAGGUGGACGUGGUGGAGGAAGAGGUGGCUUUGGUGGUGGACGCGGAGCACCCAGAGGUGGUGGAUUCGGUGAUCGCGGCGGACGAGGUGGCGGUAGAGGCGGAUUCGGUGGGGGAGACAGAGGUGGCAGAGGUGGACCUCCAGGUCGCGGUGGACGCGGCGGUGGAAGGGGAGCACCCGGUGGAAAAGGCAGAGGUGCACCUCGCGGCGGUCGGGGCGGUGCGCGUGGAGGUGCCAGAGGUGGCGCAAAGGGUGGUUCCAACGUCAUCGUCAAACCUCACAGGCAUGAAGGCAUCUUUGUGGCUGAGGGCAAGGAGCACCUUCUUGUCACCAGGAAUUUGGUUCCCGGAGACUCGGUGUAUGGGGAAAAGAGAAUUUCUGUCGAGACGCCGGCCACGGACGAGUCCGGUGUCUCUAGCAAGACCGAAUACAGAGUGUGGAAUCCAUUCAGAUCCAAAUUGGCAGCUGGUGUCUUGGGCGGCUUGGACAACAUUCACAUCAAGCCGGGAAACAAGGUGCUCUAUCUUGGUGCAGCAAGUGGAACCAGUGUCAGUCACGUCGCGGACAUCGUAGGCCCAACCGGAGUUGUGUUCGCAGUAGAGUUCAGUCACAGAUCGGGAAGAGAUCUGAUCAACAUGGCAAAGAAGCGAACGAAUGUCAUCCCCAUCAUCGAAGAUGCCCGACACCCUCAAAAGUACAGGAUGCUUGUUGGCAUGGUCGACUGCGUCUUUGCAGACGUCGCCCAGCCGGAUCAAUCUCGUAUCGUGGCAUUGAACAGCUCCCACUUUCUGAAAGACCAGGGCCACGCCGUCAUCAGCAUCAAGGCCAGCUGUAUCGAUUCAACAGCGGCACCAGAGGCGGUGUACCAAUCCGAGGUCAAAAAGCUGCAGGAGAGCUCCUUCAAGCCCAGAGAGCUGUUGACUCUCGAGCCUUUCCAAAAGGAUCACGCGGUCGUCGUCGCCCAAUUCAGAGCGUGAUCGCGCGCGUUUGUUCUGUGUCCUUGCGAGCAAGUCCAUUGCGGCUUGCUCAACCUGUUUCGGCGGCUCGUCUUCUCACUCCGUCGCUUGAUGACUCAUUCCGACGAGAACUUCGUCUCUUCGCUCAUCAUUGAUCGAAUGCUCAUGCUCUGUACCAAUGCG